UGCUGCAAUGGCAAAUCCACAAAGCAGGACAGAGGAUGGGCAGAAAGUAUCAUUCAUACAGAGGCUUUCUCAGGUUUUCCUCAACACUGGCGUAAAUCUUCAGUUUCGCUAUAAACAGUUUGGACAAGGUGGAGAUGGAUCUAACCGACUGGUUUUACUCUGUCUGGGUCUGUUGAACGUCACUCUGCUGAUAGCUGCUGUUGUUAUUGGGAUUAACUGUGCCAAAGUCAAAGAGGGUUCCCUCCCGGUUUCCCACUCAGCUGCAACACAGCUCAUCGAUGAGCUCAACUAUCUCCGUGGCAACUACAGCGAUGUAAUCAAAGCUGAGGAGGAGGCCAAAAGCGCGUUAGAGAGCGCGCUCAAAAACCACACACGGAUGAAAGAGAAAAUUGAGCAGCAGAAGACCAUCAAUGACAAUUAUCAGAAACAGAUAGAGGCACUGCAAGAAGAGAGGGCAAUUCUGUUGUCCAAUGUUUCAGCUUCGGAGGAACACUGUAGCGGAUGCCCCUCUGGAUGGAUUCCUCUCAACUCAUCCUGCUAUUUCUUUUCUUACACUGAGUCCCCUAAUGUUGAAAAGAACUGGCCAAAAAGCAGAGAAGACUGUAAAAGUCGUGGAGCCGACCUGGUUGUGAUUGAUUAUCCGGAGGAGCAGAAUUUUGUGAGUCACACCAUUGACCAUAUGAUGGCUGGUGGCUUCUGGGUUGGUCUCACUGACAUGCACACAGAAGGGAAAUGGGUCUGGAUUAAUAAUGUCACUGAGGUGGAAAAUAGGUACUGGAUGGAUGGAGAACCAAACAACGUUGGAUACCAUGGAGAAGACUGUGCAAUGGUAAUUUCUAGCCGUAUGACUCCCUGGAAGACCCGUAAUGAUGCCAAUUGCAACCACAGUUUUAUGAACUGGAUAUGUGAAAUGACAUCAAGAUAG